AUGGAAGAGAAGAAGAAGCAGGAGGACGGACUCAGUGACGUGAAACACCUCCUGAAGACAGAAGAGUGGCCUCCGCUCUUCUGUUCGCGGUCCAUUUCAUCAGCUAAAAGCGCCAAAACGGGGUCCACGGCAGGUCGUCGGCAGACAUCGUUGAGGUCUCAUAACGUCAGAAUGUGCCUGGAAACGGCGUCUGAAAAAUCGUUUUGUGCGAGAGGAGUCGGUGUUUGUCCUGGAAAAGCUCUGCAGCAUACGAACACGAAGAAGAAGAAGAAGAAGAAGAAGAAGAAGAAGAGGAGUAAAGUUUGGGAGCGACAGGCAGCGAGCGAGGCUGACGGAGGGAGUUUAUGUAACCUGAACGAGGGGAAGUGGGAUGAACGGAGGCAGAGCAGGGAGCAGCGGCGCCCUGUUUUCAGACUCUCAGGUCUGUUUCCACCUCCCAUAGCCGUGCCUGCAGGGAACGAGGCGUUCAGGGGCCCCAGAGGGGCCGGGUUUGAGCAGGAUAUCGAGGGCGACCACUCGUCUCAGGCCGACAGCUGCCACGCUGACGUCAUGGCAACAACACGGAACCAUGAGUCUGCAGCCGACUCCGCCUACGGCGUUCGCCGUCUUCCAGACCUGGACCCUCGCUCCACCGCCAACGUCCACUACACGCUGCUCAUCGCCUGCGUGCUGGUCGCCUUCUUCCUGGGCGCCAUCUUGUCCGGUUUCCUGGUGUCGUGUUACUGCAGCCGCAGCGCCGCCCACCGGGCUCGGAGGAUGGGGAAGGACCCCGAGGCGUCGCUGCCUCACGCCCUGUCGCUGCGAUCCCUCGCCAAACUCAACGGGCUUCUGGACGGACAGCCCAAGGAGGACAAACUGGACGUCUCCACUCCUAAAAUGUACAGUUCGUUCAUCCCAAACGGUCGAUCUGAGUCUCACCUCCACACUCCUGGACAUCAGGGUCUGUCUCUGGGAGACCCUGAGCUCAGCCUGUCCCAGGCUGAUGGCGAGCUCUCUGGUCUGCCAACACCAGACUCCACCCCCGAGCUGCCAAUCAAGAACAUGAAGGCUCUGCGGCACCACCAGUACGAGAAGAACCAGAACUGCAACAACGGCAAGGACGGCAAACCUGGAGUCAGCGGCGCCAGCGGCUCCGGGUCCAGUCUGGGCUUCAUGGCCGUCGUAGGCAACACCCUGACCCCGCAGGCGUUCCCCUUCUCCCAUCACCACGGGAACGGACUGAGCACCGGACCCGCCCACGGAGCCGGGACGUCAUCGUCUACGUCGCUUCACCUGCUGGAGGAGCGGAAAGUGACCAAUGAGGAGCGAGCGGCAGCAGCAGGAGGCGGAGCAAGUGGAUUAGGAGGAGGAGGGGGCGGGCCACAUCACCAUAGCUCCCAGCAGUCCCUGCCUCAGGCGGUGGUGGACGUGUCGGCGCUGGACGAGCUCCUGAAGCACAUCCACGAGGUCAGCGCGUCGGGAACCGGAGGCAUCAAAGUCCUGACGUCCACCUCCACGUCCUCGCUGUUCCCAGCAGCGUCUGGAGGCGCUCACCACCACCAUCACCACCACCACAGCCAGACGCGCACCCACCACUACAACCACAGCCAUCACCAUAGCAACCAUCAUAACAACAACAGCAACGGCAGUGGUGCUGGUGGUGGAGGCGGGGGCGGAGCCGGAGGCGGCGGUCACCAUCACCAGCAGCAGAUCCCGGAGCCGGAAUCGUACUUUAGUACGACAACACUGCCGAGCGACGGCCUCGCCAAGAGCUCCACCUCCUCCUCUUCCUCCUCCUCCUCCUCUAAUAACCCCACCUCCUCCACGUCCGUCCCCUCCUCCUCCUCCUCCUCUUCCUCCACUCCGCUCCAGCAGCAGGUCAUUCCGGAAAGAAGCGCCGUCUCGGUGACGCGCCAUCAUUCGCAGCGUCAGCCGCUCAUAAAGAUGGGCAGCAGCGGUGGCGCCGUGCCUCGCCACCACAGUUUCAACCAGCGUGGCACAUCAUCGCACGCACACUUCCUGGCCCGGAUGAACACCAACAACAGCAACGGCCCGCCGAGCGGCGGCGACAGCCAGCGGCCAGUUGUCGCUAGCGCCUGCCUGACGCGGCAGCACAGCUACAGCGAGGGGCCACAUGUUCAGCGUGCCGCUGUCAUACGUAGGACGGCGUCACUCAAACCACAGAUCCCACCCAAACCACUGUUUCUCCCAAACACAGCGACGUCGCCAGUGACAGAGACCGGAAACUACUGAGCAUCGAAGGGGGCGGAGUCAGACUCGGUCAUAAGCUGUGGUUAUUUUUCUGACCACGACUCUGAGGCACGUGGACUCAUUUCUGGGGAACGCUGGGCUUUUCCCGCCGACAGAUCAAAACAAGCUCCGAUUUCAGAAGCAGAACGAGGAGAAGGAAUGAAGGCGAUGAAGAGGAGGAGGAGGAGGAGGAGGAGGAGGAGGAGGAGGUCUGGUGGAUUGUAGAAGCAGCUUUGUUCGGAGUGCUUUGAUCUGACGUCCCCGCCUGUUGCACUUUGACUCGAUGCCUGGAUUUAACUCACAGAGAUCCAGAUCCCGACCUGAACUGACUCCAGGUCUGGUCCUGGUCCAGGUCCGGGUCCUGGUCCUGGUCCUGGUCUGGUCUCUGUUUCCAAAAGAGGACCAGGGGUUUGAUGGCGUUGAGUGUUUUGGAGGGUUUUGUAUUGGGCCCCUGGGCUCCGUCCACACUAACACAUGAAUGUCCUUUUAUACCAUAUUGGUAUCUGAAGCAUUAACGGAGCGUCCAUGAGCCCAGUGGGAGUUCGAUUUGGGACUUCUGAUCAAUUAUUCCCUCGAAUUAGUAAUUCAUGCACUCCUUUAAUUUAGCCAUUUGUAUGUUUCAGAUACUUAAGUGAAUCGUCUGAAUUAUUCAUGGGCCCCCUCUCAGACAUCUGUAACCACGAGGACUCUAACUGGUUUAGGACUUCACACACACGUCUAAAUGCAUCCAAAUGUCAGACUAAUUAUAAGCAAAGUGGGAAAAAAAACCUCUCUCAGCUCAGUUCGAACAAACACAAACACACUGUGCAGAAAAUCUGACCUGACAGAGAAAAGUCUGAGGAUGUUUGGCUGAAGCGGCAGAUUUGCCUGUUUACUUCCUCAGCUCUCUUAAAUGAAUUCAUCUUUUUUUAAGCUUUGACUCCAAACCAGCUCCACUAACGUUAAAAAUAUGCAGAUAAUGAAGCCUGAGCAAGAACACAGUAUUUAUUCAGUCCAGCCGAGGUCAUUCCGGUCAGAGAUUCCAACGGAUUUACAUGGCGACCUGAUAAGAACACAAGUAUUUAAUCACAAUUUAGCUUUUUGGACACAUGGAAAGUGGUUCCACCUGCUGUGAGGAGUCGAAUCUGCUGCAAAUAUUACUGUUUUUUCUGGCUUUAUUGCGAAAAAAACCACUGACAAAUGCCAAUUUUUGCCAACGGUUUGUGAUUAGGUCAUUUUUUAACACUUGUUACCACAAAUGUAGAACAAAAUGUCCAGUGCCAAGCAGGAAAAUGAAGGAAUUAAUCAGUCAAACGAGGUAAAGUAAGCACCAGGGGUCACAUGGCCAAAACCCAACAUAGAAAAGGAAAAUAAGAUACCAGCAUCUUACGAGGAUGGCUAAGGCUACAGCAAAUAACAAUACGAUGUUUGAAAAAAACACUCACCAGCACUGAAAAUAAGGUAAAAUGGUAAAACUGAGGCUUUGGAAACUGAAAGUGGCUAAAAUUAUCAACAGAAUACAUUCAGUUUUAUUUAUUUCAUACAUAUAUUUUGAUAUCCACGCUGUUCUAGGUUUACACCAGCAGAUGGCGGUGUCACAAGCCCAGAAAACAUCAGCAGAAACUCCCGCCGGACGACAAGAAAGAGUCGAAUCUGAGCAUUUUCAGCAAAAACAGACUCGACUGAACCAGCGAAAUGAACAUCGAUCAAACUGAAGCGAAAAACGAAAAAAAAAAAAGGAAAAAGGGAACGUAGUCAUGAAAGAGUCGAAUGUCACAACAUCGGAGAGUGGAGUUUAAUUUUACGACCGUAAUAACCACAUCACUGUGGGUUGGAUAUGAGACGAUUAACACCUAAUAAUGGACUUUAAAGAAGCAGAUUAUUAUUAUUAUUAUUAUUAUUAUUAUUAUUAUUAUUAUUAUUAUUAUUAUUAUUAUUAUUGUAUCACGGUCACUGUACAAGAAACAAAAAAACAACAUUGUAUCAAAUAUUAGAACAAAUAAAACAAAUAAUAAUCCAAUAUAUUUAAAAAAUGUAUGGAUCUGUUGGAAAAUCCAUUGAUUCAUCAUUUACAGAAUAAUCAACUUCCUGAUCAAUAAUUAAAAUAUGACUUUUGAAGCCUGGACGAGCUGAAACACAUGAAACAUCUGUCAUAUUUUGAGGAAAAUAACAUUUUUCAUCCCUGUGUUUUCAUUAAAAAAAGGCCCUGAUGGAAGAUUUCAUCCAGUUUUAUUCAUGACUUUGGACCAAAAUAACUGAUCAAUCACUUUGAUUGAUUAUUAAUCAGAUUCUGAAAUGUAAAGAUGCGACGGCAGACGCUUGUUUCGGGCUGACAGGUCCCGUAAAUGAAGCUGUUUACACGACUCAUCUGUGGGAAAACCACAGCGGCUGAUCUGAUCAUUUACAGAAUAAUCAACUUCCUGAUCAAUAAUUAAAAUAUGAGUUUUGAAGCCUGGACGAGCUGAAACACGUGAAAUAUCUGUCAUAUUUUGAGGAGAAUAACAUUUUUCAUCACUGUUCCCCGAUGGAAGAUUUCAUUCAGUUUAAUUUAUGACUUUGGACCAAAAUAACUGAUUGAUCGCUUUAAUUGAUCAUGAAUCCAAUUCUGAAAUGUAAGGUUGAGUUGAGGAAAGGAAGCUGUUUACACGACUCAUCUGUGGGAAAACCACAGCAGCUGAUCUGAUCAUUUACAGAAUAAUCAACUUCCUGAUCAAUAAAUAAAAUAACAUGUCAGCUUCGAGUGGAAACGAAGCCUGAGGGAGAAAAAAAACAGGAAAUAUUCGUCAAACUUCGUGGGUUUUUCAUCGCUGUGAUUUAGUUUUAUUUCACUUUCAAGCAAAAUAAUCAUUCACUGCGAUUGAUCCUGAAAACGUCCAGUCCGGCUGUUUUUUUUUUUUUUUCUUCUUGUUUCCCUUCAGACGGUCCGAUGUUUACAUAAAUCAUCGGUGGGAAAUUUGUGCAAACGUUUGACAUUUUCCGCAAAAAGAGCCAUCGAUGUGGGUAAUCAGCCUCCUGAUCGAUAAUUAAAAUGACAGUCAGAGCAGCUGCCGGCGCAUGUUUUUCACAAAUUAACUCCUGCUGAAGUCUAAUGAUCCGCAGGCCUUUCACUCGCUGUCUCAUGAUCGAUGAAGUUACAUCCUGUGUCUCCGGUCGCCAUGACAACUGGGCAAACUCAAUUUGUCAAGUAGAGAUGCUCAACAAAAGCUGGUAAAUUACAUUGUUGUUGUGUUUUUUGUUUUUGUUUUUUUAACAGAGCUACGUGUAAAGAGUCAUGGGUGUUUUCUAAAUAAGGGCUUGGAUGUGAGGCAGCAGAGCGAACUGGGGGGGGGGGGUUCAGUGGUGAGUUCACAGACACGUAAAUGUCCGGCGACUACUUUCAUCUGACUGUGAUUAAGCAAUAACGAAGCCUGGCUGAUGCUGCAGCAGAGUGUUACCGAAGGAUCCCCGUCUCUGCACCAAAUGAUGCAACGUUAACUGUGGAUGCUGUAAAAGUCCGGCUGCACCCCCAUCCCACCAUCAACCCCCCCCCCCCCCACACUCUGAAGCAGAGUAAUCAUUUUGUUCAGAUUUAUAACAGAAGGACAAAAAGAGCAGUUUCAUUCUUCAGCUUUGAGCGAAAGUGACAGAGUUUAAGGAAGGUUUCAUCAUCCUCUUUCAUGUCCGAGUGGACGGCGAUGCCUUCAGAGGCUGCAGGUCUGAAAUGGAGAGGUGUGAGGGUCAGCGUUGUGCCAUUUAAAGGACCGCAUUCUGCUGUUUUUAUACAUUUAACCACAGAAAAUACCAUUCAGCAUCAAUAGAAACUUUUCCUUUCAUUUACAGAUAAAAGCCCGAGUCUUAAAAACACAAAUAUAAGUGAGUUAGGAAUGUUUUUGUGCUUUCUGAUGCAUUCAAGGACCCUUUUAUAUCUGCAAAUGUAAUGUGUCGGCAAAAAAAAAAAAAAAAAAAAAAGAACAUCGAAAAGAUAAAGAGCGUCCUGGAGUUGAGGAUUCUGUGUUUUAGCUGAUUCUAAAAACUGACAAUGAGAUUUUCCAGCAGCUGGGAGCAUUUUGUCCUUUGUGAUGUGUUCAAGGACCUUGUCAUAUCUACUUUUGUUAUGUACUGGUGACAUAAAGUCAGACAAUGAACAAUUAAUGGCUUCGAAAAGACAGAGAGCAUCUUGGGUUUGAGGUUAUUUAUUCGUCUGAUUCUUUAAUCUGUCCUUGAACGCAUCAUUGAGAGGACAAAUGUGGGGAAAAACUAUAAUAAAACUAAGUGAAAAGUUUGGAGGUCAUUUUUGCUCAUUUUCUGGCUAAUUAGUCGUUUAUCAUGUGAAAAAAUCAUGUUUUCCAGAUACAGGUCAUGGGUUCAUUCUUUUAUUUCAUUGUCGAGUUAAUGUGGGACUUUGUUUUUUUUUUUUUUGUAGUUGAAAGUAUCCUGUCAAAUUCAUCAUGUUGUUAUUUUUCUACUAUUUCAGCCCAUAUUUGGUCACAAUCCAGUAAUAAUGAAACAUCCACACUCUGUCAGUUUCAGACCGUUAACGUGUUGAUGCCGAGUACGUUCAGACGGAUAAAAAUCUAAAAAUAGACAAUAACAGUUUUUAUCCUGUAUCACAGCAAUAAUACGUUAAAAAUACCCAACGGUCCAAUCAGAUUCAUGCAGCGUUCAGACUUAAGCUGAGUUUUGAGUUUGAUAUGAUGUGAAAUAUUUGGUUUUAAAGAGGCAGUGAAUCCAGUUUCCACCAGAUUUGCUCUUAAUGCAGCCGUUUUAAACUAAAGUUUUACUAAAAAA